AUGGAUCUAGAUAGUGGUGCAGAUGUCAACAUUAUGGAUGAAUACCAAUUUAAAGCACUAGUUCACAGAACAUCUAUAAAUCCUAUGUUGGAGAAAACGAACAUAUCAUUAAGCACACUACAGAAUAAGCUGCAAAUCAAAGGAGAAUUUCAUACCAUUAUAAGAAGAAAAACAAGAGGAGUACCAGCUAGAGUAAUUGUUAUUAAAGGGAAGAUGAAGUCACUACCUUUAUUGAGUAGGAAAACAAUGGUGGAGCUAGGUAUGUUAGAAAUAAGACCAGAUGGUUCACUUUUAACUAUGAAUGAUUUGAGAAUGCAUGAGAGUAUGGUGAAGAGUACCAAUAUUGCAGAUAACGAAGAAACAUCAAUUAAAGAAAUAGUAAACAGACAUACAAACAUAUUUGAAGGAAUUGGAAGAAUCAGAGAUUUGAAAAAUGAUAAAGAUUUAUAUGCUAAAUAUAACAUGAAACCAGGAGUAGUACCUGUAGCUCAAAAACCUAGACCAGUUGCUUAUUAUUUACAAGAACCUUUGAAGAAAUGA